GAAAAAUGAUACUAAUAAACAUUUGUCUUUAAAAGUACAUCUUUUAUUUAAUCCUGUCCAUUUUUCUAUCUAUAUACAUUUUUAAAUAUCUUAAUAGGUCAGAUAGUCUAGGUGCUGGUCAUCAAGGAACUUACUAUGAUCUAGUAAAUGAGACACGUAUGUAAUUAACAAACAGUGGAAUAGAUGCCAUAUUAAGGUAACAAUAAGAUGUUAUUGAAACUGAACAGAAGGAGAUAUUAAUUUCAUCUGAACAGUUCAGAGUGAACAGAGUAAGUUUCACUUUGCCUUUAAAGAAUGAGUAGAAUUUUAACAGUCAAAGAAAAUUAGGAAACAUUUUUCAAGCUAAGGGAAUGAGGAGGGAAACAACUGCCUAAUCAUCAACACAUUUUAGAGGAGUCAGGUAACAGUAAUACGAGGGAAGGCAGGGUAGGAGAAAGAGAAUUCAAAAUAAGUGCCGGGAAUGAACAUUUAUUUAAUACUUACUAUAUUACCAGAUUUUACAUUUAUUUAACAUAAAAUCAAUGUUAAUUGAUUUUGAUACUUAGGGACAGAGUAUAUUGAUCAGUCUUGGAGGAGUUAGGUGACAGUACUAACUAGAUGUUGAGGGGUUAGCUUUGUAAACAAGUAGCAGUACCCCAUAUUGAGCCAGGAGGAAUAAUGAUAAGACAGAGUAAAGGUAAAGAUAGAUUUUCAGGAUUUAUUUUUGACUUACCUAAUUUCUCAGUGAUAGAGGUGUUAGUAUAUUGAUAAACUAGGAGGGAGAAGUUUUAUGAUAGUCUCUGGGGAAUAGGGAAAGAAAGAUGUCUCAGCCGAGUAAAAGGUUACUGGGAUCGAUGUAUUUAGGAAAUCAAAAUAGCUACUCAGUGUGUGGGGUUCACAACUUUUGCACCACACAAAAGUGAAUUGUAUGGUGAAAUUUUUAUCACUUAGAGUAACUUGCUUAUUUUUUGCCAAUGUCUCCCUUGUUGGCUUUUGUGGUGGUGGUCUAUCUUUAUUCCCUGUUCUUCUCUGACCAUUCCUUACACCGCUUCCUGGCUGUUUUACCAGACAAAUAUUGGAGUAAUUCAAGAUUCUGUGGCUGGCCCUUUUGACUGCUCUCUCUACAGGUUUAAUUUGGGCAUUUACUCAUUUUCAUGGCUCCAAGGACCAUGUAUGUGUUGGUGAGUCACCAGACUUUUUUCAGCUUAGAUUUAUUCUUGGAGUACCAAACGAGUAAAUUCAGCUGUCAUCUACCUAUCUCCACCUGGAGACCUUAAUAAAGUCAUUAUGUCUGAGACAGAACUCUCCUCAAAUUCUGAAUUUUGGUGAAUGUGUCACCACCCAUCAGUAACCAAAUGCUUUCAUUUCUUUUUCCUUAGCGUUCUUAUAUUGUUGGAACCUUACAUCAGCAUCCUGCCUCUAAUUAUCUUAUACUUGCAUUACUACCUGGAUAUUCUAGUUUCCCUUUCACCUACCUCCUCCUGCAUUACCAUACAUACCAUAAUUGAACCUGCUGUUCAAAUGGUCUGGAAGCUACUAAACUGGCUGUUAUUACCUCACGUAAAACCUUUCAGUGAACUCCUCUUGUCUCAUUAGUGGUUCAUAUGUGGACCAGCUUCAUAGAAAUCCUUGAGCCCCUUGAAAUUAUGUGUAGGAUUGUUCCCUUUUUUGUGUCUGUAAUUGGAUUCUGAAUUCAGACUUUAAAAAUCUGAUUUUUAAUAUUUGGAGUUUUUAUUGCUGGCUAAAAAUUUCUUGAAUACUACAUAUACUAAAGACCUUUUUUGCUUAUAAUAAUUUUGCCUUUCAUUUGACUAAUUAUCCAAGAAGUUUCAAGGAGUUCUUGGAGAUUUCCACUAACUCUGCCCAUACCCCUCUAUAUUUUGUCUUCUUGAGAAGAUGACUUAGUGUUAAUAAACUCUUAUUAGUCUUGAAGAAAUAUUUCACAUGGUUUAUCUAUUGGAAGAAGGGGAUUUAUGCUUAAAAGUUGGAAUAUCACAUGAAGAAUUCAGUAAAAACGUCUUUGAAAAUAAGUGAUGUAUUAUACUUAUUAAUAGAAUUGGACUAACUUCACUCCAAAUUUCUGUGUAUUAAAUUCUUAGUUUAGUAAACUGGAAAUAAAUUCCCUUUUUCAAAAUGAUUCAAAAUUAGAAUUUUAUGAGACAUUUAUGAGAUAAGGAAUACCUCUUUUGAUUAGCAUUAACACUUGCUUUACACAAAGGGAGGGGAAAAGCGUUUCUUAUUUACAUAUUGGUAUGAUCAUCUGCAUACAUUUAGUCUCCCACCUAUUUUAAGAUCAUUGAAAGUAUGCAAAAUAGAGACUGUGCAGGGUAGAUUAAAAUGGUUUUUUAAGAAGCCUUGAAGUAUGUCUUACAGGUAGACUAGCAGUUUGGGAUUACUUUGUGUCUAUCUUGUUACACAUUUUAUGUGUAUCUUGCUUAUUGCAUGUGCCUCAUUCAGCAUUAAAGAAGACAUAUUACUAAGUUUUUCUGCCCAUUUGUUGGUGAUAGACUAACAGGAUACUUGAUGGGCUAAACAGAAUCAGAAUUUAUAAAUUGCUAUGGCAAAUUGAUAGUUAAGAGCGCUUCAGAUGAAAUAAUGACCAUUUAGCUGUCUGGUGUCCAUUGUUUUCAGAUUAACUUUGUCCAACUUUACUUCAUUCUAAUGACAGAACCAAAAUACCUGCACAAACCGAAUUGUUUUGCCUUUCCAAUUGUGUUGUUGUUACAAUUCAUGCCUUCUCCUGGGAUGAUUGUAAUUGCUUAGUUUUGAAAUUACGUGUUUUGGUUUAUUCAUACAUGCAAGAGUAAGAGUCAUGCAAAAUAUUGAUCAUAUUAAGUAGGGUGGAGGAUAAUGUUUUUAGGUUGAAAACUUUUUUUUCUGUAGAUAGACGAGCUGUAUGUGAUGGAAAACUGACUUCUUGGACCAGUUUUACUUAAAGCAAAUACAAUAGGUUUGGAAUUACGUAUUUAAAAGCAUGGCAUUGGUCCAUGUGACAUGUUGGGUAUCUUGUUUACAUUUUACCAGACUUUAUUUUUAUUUAUGUUUUAAAUUUAUGAGCCUGUCCUUUGUUCAUAAGGUACUUAGAUGGGUUAAGAUGUAGACUUCUUAUAUAAAGAUGUUGCUGUUGUUUUUCCAAAGUAAUGAUGAUCAUCAGCCCAUUUUUCUAUUUAGUCUUAUGAAUAGAAUUAUGAGUACACUCUAUUACAUUAUUACUUGUAAAUGGAUUGCUUUCUUGUGCUUUUUCUUAAUUGGAGCUUUAAAUAAAUAUGGAACUUGGAACAAAAAGAAUUUCAGGAAUUUUAUGGAAACUUACUUUUUUGACCUAAAUUGAAAGGGAUGAAAGUUUCUGAAAACCUAACAAAAUGUGUGCACAGCCAAUUCUUUUAGGGGAGGAAAUAGGCAGGGAAUGUUAAUUGGCUAUUUAAAAAACAUAUGCCUUAGUUUGUAACUUAUUGUUGUUUCAAGUUACAAGAUCUUUGAAGGCAAGUGUUUAUCUCAAAAUAUGUGAAAGCUUUUAUAGUGCUUAACAUACUAAGACGUCCUAUUAGGGUUUACUUAGAACAAGCUUAUCCAACCUGUGGGCCACAUGCGGCCCAGGAUGGCUUUGAAUGCAGCCCAACACAAAUUCAUAAGCUUUCUUAAAACAUUAUGUGAUUUUUUUUUUUUUUAGCUUAUCAGCUAUCAUUAGUGUUAAUGCAUUUUAUUUGUGGCCCAAGACAAUUCGUUUUCUUCCAGUGUGGCCCAGGGAAACCAAAAGAUUAGACACCCCUGACUUAGAACUUUCCAUAGGUUAGGAAAAAGUUGUACUUUCUUGAUGUCUAUAACCUAGAAUUUUUGGUAAAGGAAUUGAUUGGAAAUGUUAUUAAAAGUUGAAAAUAAUUUGGAAAUUAAGCAUUUUAGUGAUCAGUUCUUCCACGGAGACUGUGUUGCUUCCUUUACUAAAUAUGUGCCAUCUUUUUAAAAACUUAAUGUGUUGCUUCCUUUACUAGAAAAUUGCCAUCUUUUUUAGCCUUGUCUAUUGGGGAACCAAGAACACAGAAAAGGCAGUAAAAAGGGGAAAAAAAAGGAUUGUUUUAAGAUUGGAUGUGCUGUGAUGAUAGCCUAGGAUUAUUGUUUUUCAAUUUUUGAUGAGCGUAAGCAUUCUUAGUGACUAUAUCUUUUGUAACUACUGGAUCCAUUUAGAAUGGCAGAAUUAGCUGGCACAAAGAUUGUCAUUCAUUUUAAGCUUUCAUCUCUGACAUCUUCAUUUCUCAGUCUUUUUUACUUAUCAGUGGUUUACUCCAUUAUUUUCUCCCCUUUUAAUUUUUUUUUUUUUUUUUAACUAUGGGGAAAAAAAAUUAAAUGUUUCCUUAGCAGGGCACAAUAAGGCUUUCAUGACUUGGCUUUUGAUUAUCUUUACACCUUCAUCUCCUGCUCUUCCAUUGCUUGUAUGACUAUUUGACUCAGUGUCUUGCACAUGCCUCUGCCUGGAAUCUGCUCCACUGCCCAGGCCCCUCUGAAUGAACACUAAACUUUCUAACCUAUGUCCAUCUUCUCAUCUCUCUCUCUCAUUGUUAUUUUUGUAAGUAUGUUAACACAUUUUGAUUAUGCAGGAAUCAGGCCAUAUUGUAAUUAUCUGCAUGUAUGUUUCCUUAUUUAACAGAGUAGUUGUGUGUCUUAUCAAUCAUUAGACCCAUGAGUACUUAGUAUCUAGACCAUGGUAGGUGUUUGGUAAAUGUUUAUCUGAAUCAGUAAGGCAGAAAUUAUAAAUUUUAUGUCAGUGUUUAAGCUAGAUACAUCCAAUUUGACAAAUCUUUUUUCUUCCUCCUCUUCAGGGCAUCUUCACUAUUCAUGUUAUUUUCUCCCUUGGUCUUAUGUGAUUGUUACCUUUAUGAAGCUUUAGUGAUUACAAAGUACUUUUUUUGUCCAUUUUUACCUGAGCUUUUUUACUCUGAUUUGCAGGAUGGCUGGUUGUGGUGAAAUUGAUCAUUCAAUAAACAUGCUUCCUACAAACAGGAAAGCGAACGAGUCCUGUUCUAAUACUGCACCUUCUUUAACCGUCCCUGAAUGUGCCAUUUGUCUGCAAACAUGUGUUCAUCCAGUCAGUCUGCCCUGUAAGCACGUUUUCUGCUAUCUAUGUGUAAAAGGAGCUUCAUGGCUUGGAAAGCGGUGUGCUCUUUGUCGACAAGAAAUUCCCGAGGAUUUCCUUGACAAGCCAACCUUAUUGUCACCAGAAGAACUCAAGGCAGCAAGUAGAGGAAAUGGUGAAUAUGCAUGGUAUUAUGAAGGAAGAAAUGGGUGGUGGCAGUACGAUGAGCGCACUAGUAGAGAGCUGGAAGAUGCUUUUUCCAAAGGUAAAAAGAACACUGAAAUGUUAAUUGCUGGCUUUCUGUAUGUCGCUGAUCUUGAAAACAUGGUUCAAUAUAGGAGAAAUGAACAUGGACGUCGCAGGAAGAUUAAGCGAGAUAUAAUAGAUAUACCAAAGAAGGGAGUAGCUGGACUUAGGCUAGACUGUGAUGCUAAUACCGUAAACCUAGCAAGAGAGAGCUCUGCUGAUGGAGCGGACAGUGUAUCAGCACAGAGUGGAGCUUCUGUUCAGCCCCUAGUGUCUUCUGUAAGGCCCCUAACGUCAGUAGAUGGUCAGUUAACAAGCCCUGCAACACCAUCCCCUGAUGCAAGCACUUCUCUGGAAGACUCUUUUGCUCAUUUACAACUCAGUGGAGACAGCAUAGCUGAAAGGAGUCAUAGGGGAGAAGGAGAAGAAGAUCAUGAAUCACCAUCUUCAGGCAGGGUACCAGCACCAGACACCUCCAUUGAAGAAACUGAAUCAGAUGCCAGUAGUGAUAGUGAGAAUGUAUCAUCUGCAGUUGUUGCACAGCACUCCUUGACCCAACAGAGACUUUUGGUUUCUAAUGCAAACCAGACAGUAUCCGAUCGAUCAGAUCGAUCGGGAACUGAUCGAUCAGUAGCAGGGGGUGGAACAGUGAGUGUCAGUGUCAGAUCUAGAAGGCCUGAUGGACAGUGCACAGUAACUGAAGUUUAAAUAAAAAUGUCUUCAGCUCCAUGCUCAAGGUUGAAAGGGUUACCUGUAAAUUUCUGCCCACAUAACAUUAUACUCAUCCCUAGUAGUGCAUUUUGGGAGUUGGGGUGGGAAGGGGUAUGGGAAGGAUAGACCCGUAAUCAAAAUGUCUAACAUGUCUGUGUUGAGAAAUUUAUUUAAUGUAAGGAACUUGGGUGUUAAUAGUUGAGAGCUGUUUUGUAAUAACCCAGUUUUCUUGAGGUCUGUUUACUUUAUAGUUUUUAAAAAUUUCUGUAGUUCUUUUGGCCAGUGUGUUUGUAUUAUCUGUGCAUUAACGGUCCUCAUCUGACUCCUGCAUUGUCUUAUUUUUCUGCAUGGAUUGGCAUAAGACCAUUACUAAAAUUUGGCACCUGUGAGAUGUUUGGUAUUAUGAGCAGGAAGCAUAAUUUAAUGUAAGAAUAGAUGUGAAUUUGGGAUUUCAAAAUAGAUUAAUAACAACUAUUUUAUAGUAAAGUUAUUGAUAUGGAAAUGAAAACAGCCAGUAACUUAUGUUUCAGAAUGUUUGUAACACACUUCAUGGCGUUCCCAUAGGCUUUGCUGUCUAGUCUUAUAGUUUGAGGUUUUUUUGGUCAGCAUUUUUCUUUUUGAUUACAAAAUUUAUAAUUUAAUAAAUACUAGAGUUUAUCAAAAACAAUUUGUCUCUUGUUUGAGUGUGGAAAGGGUGUGGAAACAUUUUGACAUUUGUGACCAAAGGUCACUUAAAAAGUGGUUUUAAUUGGUGGUUUUCAGCUUUAAAUCACCUGUCCAGAAAAGUCUGAUUUUUUUUCCUAAGAGAUUAUUAAACAGAACCUAUAGGCAUUGUGUAUAUAAUAAAUAUAUAUGGAAAUAAAA